AUGGCUCUGCUCUGUCAGCACGCCACCAAUCUCAGCUUCAAUACGGCCCCCAUCGUCUUCAAGAAUGACGAUAACAAUGUUUCCGCCCUCGAAAAUGCGCGACUACAAAAGAAGCGUAUGGAGGAAGCCGCUCAUCUCCAGAAGCAGCAACUAAAGGACGCUGGUGCAAAGCUGCAGAAGCAGGCCGAGGACACGGAGGAAGUCAUCAAGGAGCGAGACCAUCUGCGUGACGAAAGUGAGCGCCUCGCUCAAGAAAACGCUGCAGCAAAAGGGCUACUUGAUGCAAUGAAAAGACAGAAAGAUGAAGAGAUCGCAGCUCUGUCGAGCAGGGUCGAACAGCGAGCAGCAGAAAUAACGAGGCUGAAUCAAAUGAUUUUCAGCAGCCGUGCUCCCAAUAUAGCUCGACAAGACAAUUGCCUGCCUUUGGUGUAUCAUAACGCAACAGUCCACAUUGUCAACGCGUUUUGCCCCCUAGGUCUAGAUUCUGGAUACCAGAAUAGAACUAGGCUACACUGCUGGGAGUAUUGCAUAGGGAUUGCGAAUCAGACCUUCAAGUUGGAAAGAGUCAAUAAUGACAUAACUCCUGAAGGAUUCUGGACGAUUAGCCGCACAGGCGACAACCGCAAGUAUUCUUACAGCCAAAAGCUCUACUUCCCGACCAACGCGGUCGGGCUCGAUGUCCACGUUGGCAAUGCUGUCGGGAAACAAACUUAUUGGUAUAUAGGCCGAGCGUCAAACAACCGCGUAGGCUCUUGGGUAGUGUCACAUACUGACUACAACAGAAUCAAGAGUGCUGAAUGGGGCACGCAUAUUCAGAUGGGAAAUGGUGGGAAGGAAAACGCGUACGAAAACUUCACAGCGACUUGA